CAUUCAGUGCCUCUCUGAUUCACUCUGUCGGCGUGUGUUUGUGGGGACGGGUAGUUUGGAGUAAGGAGUCGCCGGGCGGUAGUGCACCUCUGACGCUUUUUUUUGGAGAAAGAAACGCCGCUGGGAAAAAAAUUGCACCGCAGACGCGAAGGAACGACCCCGCUCCCCACCCCCGGUGACGACUUCUGGGAAAUAACUCAACGCGACGACUGCGCCACACGCACGUAACCAACAAACGCAGCCGGGCUGACGAAUGCUAGCCAGCUAGCAUCCCCUGAAAACUGACGGGGGGACUGAAGGUGUUGGUAGCUAGCCUCCCAGCUAAUCACCCAUCAGCUAGCAUCCUCCAGCCGUAGCAUCAUUAGCUGCUUUUUUUUUUUCUUCCCCUCUCUCCUCCUCGCGCACGUCGAGACGUAGCCGUCGCUCGUGGCGGGUGCCUUUUUUUUCAAGCCUCGCGAGCACCCAAUCCCCACAUUCACAAGACACAGACGGACAAACGGAGCUUUUAUCCCCCCCCACCCCCUAAAAAAAAAAAAAAACUAGCUGCUGCUCUGCCAGGGAGACGAAGCGUCUUGCGUUGCGUUCAGUUGACACCAUCACACCCAUCUCUUCCCCCACCCCGAACCCCCUUCUCCUCUUGCCCCCCCUGUCCCCUCCACCCGAAACACUGGAAAUCCACAAGCGGCCGGAGAGCGGCGAAGGGCCGGCGGCGAAGCUGGGGGUGGUAACGUUACCGGACUCGCAGGGAGUCGUAGCGGCUACGGACAAGCUCAGCCGUGGGGAGCUGCCGACGAGCAUGGACGGGCUGGCCGUGGAAGUUCGCGGCUCGAAUGGGGCCUUCUACAAGGGUUACAUCAAAGAUGUCCACGAAGAUUCUCUCACAAUCGUUUUUGAAAACAACUGGCAGCCAGAGCGACAGUUGCCCUUCAGCGACGUACGGUUGCCACCUCCGACCGACUACAACAAGGAUAUCGGUGAAGGAGAGGAGGUGGAGGUUUACUCCAGGGCCAACGAACAGGAGCCAUGUGGCUGGUGGCUGGCCCGGGUCAGAAUGAUGAAGGGAGAAUUCUACGUGAUCGAAUACGCCGCGUGCGACGCCACAUACAACGAGAUUGUCACAGCAGAGCGCAUCAGGCCCCUAAACCCCAACAGCCCUUCCUCUCGAAACUCCUUUCACAAGGUUCCCAUCCCUGUCCCAGAAGACCUGAGGGACAUCUGUGCAAACGACAACAUUCACAAAGACUUCAGGAAAGCUAUCGGAGCCAACUGCAUCUUCUACAGUGCCCAAACACACGAACUCAUUGUGCUGUCUACAAAUGAAACCACAGUAAAGCGUGCAACUCUUCUGAGUGACAUGCACUUCCGCAGCAUCCGCACCAAGCUCAUGCUAAUGUCCCGCAACGAAGAAGCCACCAAACAUCUGGAGACAAGUAAGCAGUUAGCAUCUGCAUACCAGGAGGAGGUGAAGGUCAGGGAGGACUUGAUGGGCCUCGCCAUCGGCUCCCAUGGUGCCAACAUCCAACAGGCAAGGAAGGUGCCAGGUGUCACCGCUAUCGAGCUGGAGGAGGAAAGCUGCACGUUCAGGAUCUACGGAGAGACCCCAGAGGCGGUAAAGCAGGCUAGAGAGUAUCUCGAGUUCAAAGAAGACUACUUUCAGGUACCCAGGAAUCUUGUAGGCAAAGUCAUCGGCAAGAGCGGCAAAGUCAUCCAGGAGAUCGUGGACAAGUCGGGCGUGGUCCGCGUCAGGAUCGAAGGAGACAACGACAAAAAACUUCCCCGGGAGGAGGUAGGCAGGCAGGGGGCAGGCAGGGACGACACUGCCAGCAGCAAAGAGGGCAUGGUUCCCUUCGUGUUUGUCGGGACGAAAGAGAACAUCAGCAAUGCUCAGGCUCUGUUGGAGUACCAUGUGUCCUAUCUCCAGGAAGUGGAGCAGCUGCGCCUAGAGCGUCUCCAGAUUGACGAGCAGCUCCGUCAGAUCGGUGUCGGGUACCGCGCACCCCCUAGUCGAACCAGCGGCCCCGGAACCGAACGGGAGAAGGGCUACCUGACAGAUGACAGCAGCAACUCACUCCACACCUCACGCACCUACGGGGGCCGCGGCAGAGGUCGCAGGGCCUCCAACAGCCAGUACUCUGGAUAUGGCACGAACUCCGAACUGUCCAACGCUUCUGAGUCAGAGGAGAUGAACGAUCGAGACCAGCGACCCCGUGGCAUAGGCGGUGACGAGAGAGGCUCCCGACGGGGCGGCAGGGGCAGAGGCUCUAACUCAGGACGAGGUCGUGGAGGGCCUGGGUCCAAACCUUCCAACUCCAUCAGCUCAGUGCUGAGGGAUCCAGACAGUAACCCGUACUCACUGCUGGAGGGUGAGGGAGAGCUGGCCGACGCAGACCUCAGCGAAGGCAUGGGAGGAGACCGCCGCAGGCGCUCCAGACGCCGCCGCAACGACCAGGAGCCCAGUGUGAUGGACGCCGCCGGAGAGUCAGACGGCCAGGCUGGCCCCAGCGAGAACGGACUGGAUGAGGAAGCCCGGCCUCAGCGCCGCAACCGAAGCCGCCGCCGUCGCAAUCGUGGCAACCGCCCAGAGGGAGGUUCAACCAGCCGUGACAGACAGCCAGGUGAUAAUGUGACUGUUGCCGACUACAUAUCUCGCGCUGAGUCCCAGAGCAGACAGAACCUGCCUCAGAAGGAAAACCAUGCUGGCCCGGAGCCCAAGGAGAACGGGACCAGCGCCCAGAUGCCUGAGCGAACGCCCUCAAAGCGUUCCCCCAGCAAAGGCAUGACCUCGCCCAGCGAGACCCUGACCUUGGUUAACGGGGUCUCGUAAAAGAGACGGCCCUGCCCCUCGCGAAACCCAAGUCUAGAGCAAGACUCCAUGGCAAACUCUGUCCCUGCUUGCAUUAACUUAAACCUUAAACAGAUGAGUGAAAAGUACCUGACAAAAAUACCUGAAUUCAUACUAUGAGAGUGAAAAAGUACAAAAAAACGACAAACGCAUCUACUUAAAAACACACGUUAACGGUGUAUGCUAUCCUAUCUAUCAGUACUUAGUGCUUAUUUAAAAAAAAACAACUAGCUUGCCAAAAAAGAGCUGGUGGAUAUGACUUGAUUUUUAAAAAUACUGAAAUACGAGAAACAGGACGAGACUUUUUUUGUUUUGUUUUUGAAAACGGUUGUCUUUAUUUGUGUCUUCUUUUUUUUUUUUUUCCUUUUUUUUGUUUAUGUUAAAUUUGUUCACUGUUUAUCACUGGUUUGGACUUGGCGGUCGCUCUCUCUCAACCAAAACAGACGCUUCUCUUAACAGUGUUAAAAGUACAGACAAAGAAGAGAUGUAAGCUGUAGGGAGUGGCGUAACGAGCAGAGACAGUCCAAUAGCUUACGUGACGCGAUGUUCGCACACUGUACCUUGGAGUGGAGACAGACAGAUUGGAAUAUUGAUAGACAUUGUGCCUUGAAUUUGAAAAAAAAGAAAAAUAAAAAAAAAACUUGAGUUUUUUUUCCAUUUAAGUUUGUUUUUGUUUCCCGAGAGGAAGAAAAGAUGGAGAGGUUUUCUUCCAGAUUCUUUUUUUUUUUUUCUUUUCUUGUUGUUGUUUUGGUUCCAAGAAGAGAACAGACCUGUGAGGGAGUGAUGAGAAAAAUGAGUGAAAGCAAAAAGGAGGGAGUGGCUGGCCAACGUGAGGGGGAGGAAAAAGUCUGGUGCCAAACACGAAAUUCAAGGCGCUUGUCCUCAUUCCGAGUAGAAUGGACGGCGUCGGGGUCAGUGCGUGCGUGUACGCGCGUAUGUGUGUGUUUGUGUGUGCGCGCAGUUGAGAUAUUUGGCAACCACAAAACUAAAACUGGGAGGGGGCGAGGUAACAAAAAAAACACAACACAGCCCUCGGCGGGGGUCGCACGGUGAGGCAUCUCUAUUUAUGAACAGGCCUGAGAGGUAGGGGGUGGUCAGAGGAUGUGUCGCUUCCUCCUCUCACCUGUUUUAGGUCUUUUUGAGGGUCCAGGGUGGCACCCACACAAGCCACAGGACAGGCUGAGACCAGACAGACGGCAGACUUGAACUAUAGAUUUAGACUAUAAGAGAACUAUACCGUGCCUCUUUCUCUUGUGUCGGAGGGGGGGCGACGGUGCUAGCUUCCAGCCACACUAGUGUCUUGAUAAACCACUGCAGCGCGCAGCUCCGGAUGCACACGAGGGCGACCACCUUUCUGGGACGGGUGCUGCUAGUGGAGGGGGGUGGGGGAAAGGGGUUAGGGCCUCGGGAGACUGCGGGCUGUGGGAUUUGGGACAGCUUCAAAUGACGUGAGAGCUACACUGACACACAGACCCACGCUUACAGGUACACACACAUACACACACACACACCCACAAAAAAAGGCAUACACACCAGGCGCGUGUAAGUCGACGUGGUCGCCCGCGUGGCGCAAAAAAAAAAGUGGAGGACCGCAACAGAAAAACUGUAAACAAAGUGUCUGUCUUGUACCUGGCAGUUUGGGUUAGCAAAUGGAGUAAGAGAGGGACUCGAAAACCUCAGUGGCUCUCUGCUCAUGUUGUUACUGUUGUCUUGGUUACCGCUCUCAAGUUUUUUUUGUUGCUAUUUCCACAUCUUAGAAAAUAUGAAAUAAAAAAAUGAAGUGAAAUCAACCUCUUCUCUGGAGACGAACUUUGAUUUCUCUGUCUUGUGAGUUUGCAGUCUAUUUUUCUAACUUGCAUGGCAUUUAGUUAACGAGUAGUAGGUGGUGCCUGUCCUGUGCAUGAGGAAAAAGGGUGUUAUUAAUCUGACUUACAAAGCCAUUGUUUCAUUCACUAGAAUUGCUGCUAAUGUACACAUUGAAUGUCCAACUAACGUAGAAAACUCUACCUUGACGAGAGAGAGAGAAACUAUUUGUGACUUAAAAGAGGGAGAAAAAAACAAAAACAUUUCCCACUCCAGCUCAUCUGCCCAGAGCGUCCCAGUUUCUGUCGGUGGAUGCGAGUCAGGAAGGUACCCAUUCCUUCGCUCACAAGUUUCAGAGUCUCACAAAGUAUUAAAUUACAAAAAAGAAAAAAAAGGGGGGCAACAUUGUGCAUGACAAGCAAGCGUCCACAUGACCAAAGGUUUUGAGAGACAGAUGAAUGGGAGUUGUGUGGUUGAAUCGAGAUGACCCAGAUGCUGCUCUUAUACAUUUCUGCUCACCUGUAUGUUGUGUUUUUAAAAAGAAUGAACGAGCACUCGAGUAUUUGUACCUUGGUUCAGUUGCAUGUGUGUGAGUGGAGGACGAAGCCCUAUCUGGUAUGUUUGUGUUUACCUUUAUACCUCAUUGUGUGAGUACUGUAUUUCCUUAUGUAUCUGUAUCCCUUACGUCCUGUUGAAAGACUGCUGGCUGCUCUGUGUGUGUGUGUGCGUAUGUGUGUGUGUUUGUGUGCGUCUGUGUGGAUGCUGGUUGUACAGUCGACUCCACUCUGUCAGAUUUUGUCUCUGGUUUUCUCACUCAUGUUCUGAUGGCAAUAAAGGACUUUUCAUUG